CGCUCACGCGGAGGUGCUGCCUGCUGGGGUGUAUGGGCCACUUGGGAGCCGAGGCGCGCGCGGGCUUGCAGCUAAGGGAGCUGAUGCGUCCGGCGGCGGGGCGGGCCCUGACAGCGCUACCGUUCCGUGACUAAUACGUUCUUGCAGAUAAUGGAGUCUCUCAGCUCUGCUAAGGCUCAUAAGUGUGAAUCAGCAAUGCAGGAUGAAAGUGAAGAUGACAUUGAGUUUAUCUGUGAAGGGCCUUCAAGACCUGUGCUUGAUUGCAUUGACCUUGUCAGUAGUGAUGAUGAAGAACCUAGCAGCAGCUCUAAUAGAAAUGUAAAGCGUAAAGACCACAUUGACUAUCAGAAGGAAAGGGUUGCUUCAACCCUGGAUCGCCUAGCACGCCACGUGGAGGUAGAGAAACAACAAAAAGAAGAGAAAAACAAAGCUUUCAAGGAAAAAGUGGACUCCCAGCAUGCUCAUGGAUUGCAGGAGCUGGAAUUUAUCCGGGGACAUAGUGACACAGAAGCAGCAAGAUUGUGUGUAGACCAGUGGCUAAAAAUGCCAGGUCUCAAACCAGGCACCAUUAACAUGGGAAGAAAAGAUGUGCCCCACAGAACUGGCCAAACACCAAUCAACAGCAAUCCCAUUUUAUGUCCUGUAAUGCACUGCAACAGAAAGUUUGAUAAUGGUCAUCUUCUGUUAGGUCACCUGAAAAGGUUUGAUCAUUCUCCAUGUGACCCAGCAAUUACACUACAUGGACCUCCAACUAAUGCUGUUGCCUGUGUGGUAUGCUGCAAAAGAUUUGUCACCUCACAGCAGUAUAGUGAUCACCUUUUAUCUAAGGCAAGAACUCAUGGAUAGAUAAAUGAUGAUGAUGAUGGGCAUAAAAGAAAUCUUCCUCCACAGCUUAUUCAGUGCUUUGCAUGUCCAUACUGCUUCCUCCUUUUCAGCAUAAGAGAUGAAUGCCUGCAGCAUAUGUCUGGAAAGAAUCACUUCCUUCAGGUUUUUAAAUUGAGUGAUGAAACUGGGACACCACUUCCUUUAUCUUUCCCAUCUUAUGCAAAGAAACUUCUUAUAGCUUUAUGUAAAGAGGUCCCGUUCCAAGUGAAGUGCACAUCCUGCCACCAGAAGUUACGUUCGCAUAUGGAGCUAACAGCUCACUUCAGAACUCGUUGUCGUAAUGCUGGUCCUGUAUCACUGUCGGAAAAGAGCAUCUCCCAGGUUGCAGAAAUAUUUAAAGCAAGAGGUCACUGUCAAAACUGUGAUAAACUCUUUGUAGAUGAAAGCCAGAUCAACCAGCAUAGCCAUGCAACUCAACACAAAGUUAAAAUUAUUACCACAAUGGAAGAGUCCAUCUUGAUGUUUUGCCAUAUUAAUGAAAGAAAUAAAAACCCAUCUCAGUUGAGGCAGAUUAUAAAUCAGUCAAGAUCUUCGCUCCUUAAGAGACCAUUGACUUUGAGUGAGCCUGUCUGUGAAAGCGAGUCUGCCAUUUCAAAAAGGAAAAAAGAUUUAGAAGAAAAAAAUCAAGAGGCUGGAGUAAGCCUACAUCAAGAAUAUACAAGCAAAAUAAAAGCCUGGUUCUGUGAAUGCCUUCUAAAGUUUUCUACUGAAGAGUCAGUUGAAAAGCACAUUUUGUCAGCAAAUAGAAUCUGUCACAAGUGUGCUGUAUGUGGGAAGCUUGCUGAAAACUCAAGCAUCAUCCGUCUGCAUAUGAGUCGGUUCCACGGAGGAGCACACUUAACUAACUUCAUUUUCUGGUGCCGGGCAUGCAAUACAGACCUACUGAGAGAAGAGAACAUUAUGGCACAUGUGACUGAAUUUCAUGGUGGACAUUCUUACUAUUAUGAACAGGAAGCUGUAGAGAACGAACCUCUGGCAUCCUCUUCUGACACACUGUGCAAUAUCUCCAUUAAAUGGAAAGAGCGUCUUCCUAGCCCUGUGGAUCAGUCCCUUGAGAGAAGUCCUAUUUUAGGAAAAUGGCAAUGCUGCAUUUGUGAGGAAAUGUUUGAGUCUGAAGACAGCGUUAAACAACAUUGUAUGUCUUUAGGAAGCCAUCAGUUUCACAGGUAUUGCUGUGGCUUGUGCAAAAAGCAUUUUCACAAAGUGGAAACACUAUACCGACACUGCCAAGGGCAGCACAGCCAAGAGAUACAGGUUAAAUAUUUUUGUGGCCUUUGUGGUGAUCUCUUUUUCGAUGUUGAGGAAGAAUUUCUAAUCCACUAUAAGGGUUUCCAUAGCACAGAUUACAUGUUUGUGACUGAAGAGUCAAUAAAAAAUAAAGAUGACAUUACACUAUUAGAAAAAGGUGACUUUCUAACCUGCGGCUGCCGGGAAGAGUACAUGUCCAGAAUAAACAGAAAGGAAGAUCACCGGAAUUGUCAGAAAACCCUACUGGAAAAAGGCAAUCUAUGGUUUCGCUGCUGCUUCUGUUCAGCAACGUCACAAAAUUUCACAGACUUGAAUGACCAUCUCAGCAAAAGUCACGCCCCAAGGAAAAGCCAUGAAGAGAUGUAUGUUGUGAGAUGUGGUGCAUGCAACAAAAAUUUCCACGAUAUUGUGAGUGCCCAUCAACACUAUCAUGAUAAACACUGCUUCUUGCAAAAGCCUGAUAUAACACAUUUCGGAUCAGAAUCAGAAAGCAAAGUCUUCAACUUUACAGCCAGUGGUGCUUGUGUGGACAAGAAGCCUGAUAAACUAAAGUUUCCAGCAAAUGUAACUAAAGUUAAAAAAAAUAAAGGGAUCCAAACAGAUUCCUAUCAAAACCUUCCCUUUGGAUAAGGAGGACACAGCAAUUGGAAGCCUCCAGAACAGUGCAAAAUCUUUAAUUACCUUAAUAAGAUUGGAUGUUUCUUCCUUCAUCCACGCUGUGGUACCAGAAGAGAAGCAGCAGACUUUGCACUCUGCAUGCAUGCUGGCCGUCUGGAUGAGCACCUGCCCAAACAAAUUCCUUUCACCAUUCUCUCUGGAGACAAAAGCUUUCUAGAACUGGAGGACCAGUUUAAGAAGACUCAGCGGACAGCUCAUAUUCUAAACCCUCAUGACAUCGAUGGAGAUAUGAUGUGUGCCUUACUAAACAGCAUUUCAGAUACUACAAAAGAGGAAGAUGUGGAAUUACAAGAGGCUAUCAAACGAAGCCUGGAGGAAAUGUAAAUGAAGAUACUCCUGUAUGCAAAUAGCAUGCUAUCAAAGCUGCUUACAGAAGUGGAAGCUUGUUCAUCCAUUAACAAAGGGUCAGAAAAUACUGCUUUAAAAAUGUGCUUAUUCCUUUAAUGGUUAAACUUGUAAUUAUUAUGUUGCUGAUCGUUUCAUGCAACUAAAUUGACAAAUGGAGCUUAUGGAUGUAUGUCUCGCAACAUCCUCUAUAUG